ACGUCUAAGAACCACAAAUCAAUCCCCUAAAAGGCAGAUGAGUUCCUACUUCUUAAACUCUUUCUCAGGUCGCUACCAAAAUGGCCACAAUUAUCAGUUGCAGAGUUAUGGGAAUGCCUCGUCUGUGGGCGAGCAUUUUAGAGAGUCGACGAUGCUUUCCGCCAGGUAUGGCUAUGAUUACACUGGGAUAGACCUCAGCAUGACUCGUUCUAACUCAAAUCUUCGUGGAGACAGUGAAAGGUCUGCUAACUACAUGCAGACAGCCAGUAACACCUUUCAUAGUUCAUCUGGUGCGAGAACUAAGUCUCCUGAUGCUGCGUUCUGCUCAGGAUCUUUAAUAAGCCCAACUAACAGUACUGUUAAAACGGGGACUACAGUCACAGGGCCAAGUCAUUCAUACCGCUGUGGUCAGGACACAUCACCGUUAACCGAUGAGCAUCUUAAGGAAACGAACAGCCCCAAACCAGAAAGUGGGCAACUAGACAAGGAUUCCGCACAGCAGAUGCAGAUAUACCCAUGGAUGAAAAAACUUCACCUUAACCAAGAAGGCUUAAGUGGACCAGAAGGGAAACGAACGAGGACAGCUUAUACCCGCUAUCAAACCCUGGAACUGGAGAAAGAAUUCCAUUAUAACAGAUACCUUACACGACGCCGGCGGAUAGAAAUCGCUCACGCUCUGUGUCUGACUGAGAGACAAAUUAAAAUAUGGUUCCAAAACAGAAGAAUGAAAUGGAAAAGGGAUAAUAAAUUGAAGAGCAUCAAUAUCAGCCCUCCAGGAGGGCCUUAGCUAGUUACACCUAACUGGCUGUAAUAUUACUGUCCUUUCGUUGCAAUGGGAAUGGUUGUUUGGGCACAUAAAAUACUAUGAGAUACAUUAAUUAAUAUCGUGUAGGUUCAAAAUCUUGUCAUCAAUACACUUCAUCAGUUGUCAUCUACAGAUGUUAAAUUUUUUCUAAAUAUAUAUAUUUAUAAUAUCUAUGCCUAAUUCAGAUAACAAGAAAGAACAAUAAAGGGGUCAGCCGGCAUAAGGCAGCCAAGCAAACCGUUUACCUCCGAGAGCAGAAUGAAGUUGUUUUCUGUGUCCGGUUGCUGAACAAACCAAUCUUCUACCGGUUGAUAGCUUCGUUAAAGCUAUAAUUUGAUCAUGUUUUGUAAAGUUAGAUAAAUAUUGUUGCUUUCAUCUUUUUUUUACAUCAAAAGUGAUUUUUUUUUUAAUCAGUGCUGGGUAUCGUGGCUGUGAUCCCAGGUAUAUCUUGUGGUGUAUAUUCUGUACAUACAUAAUGUUUAAAUGUCUGACUUUGUGCUAAAUAAAUGAAAUGAAUGGUGUUUUGUCUACAACAUUGAA